GUUUUCAAGGGGGACUGCGGUUGACAGAAGUCGAGGUGGUAUUUGCUAUAGACAGAUGGUUUUUCGGAAAAUUUACUGACUGCGUCUUCAUCUUUUUUGGAACCAGUCAUGAGACACGCGCUCAUCGUCUCGGCGCUGCUGGCGGCCGUACACGCCGGCCCGCCCGGUCGACCCUCACUAGGAUGGGGGGAGCGGACCUUCGCCAUCGUGGAAGUCAACCAAGCCGCCACCGCGUACAACCAGCUCGUCACCAAGCGUGACGCUGCCGACGUCACCGUCACGUGGAACGUGUGGACUGGAGAUCCGGCAGAAAGCAGCCGGGUGCUGCUUAACGGCCAGGAGUUCUGGUCGGGGCCUGGCUCCGCGACCUCAGCCGCGUUCAAAGUGAAGAAGGGUGGUCGUUACCAGAUGCAAGUGGAGCUGUGCAACAGCGAUGGAUGUACGUCCAGCGAGUCCACGGAGAUCGUGGUGGCUGACACCGAUGGCAGCCAUCUGCCCCCGCUAGCCUUCACCCUGGACGAGAAACACAAGCCGUUCAAACAGACUUCAGGUAAAGUUGUCGGCGCCUAUUUUGUCGAAUGGGGCGUGUAUCCGAGGAAGUUCCCUGUUGACCGCAUCCCCGUCCCUAAUCUCACGCACCUGUUGUACGGGUUUAUUCCAAUCUGUGGCGGUGACGGCAUCAACGAUAGUUUAAAGGAAAUUGAAGGAAGCUUUCAGGCUCUCCAACGCUCCUGCAGUGGACGUGAAGAUUUCAAAGUAUCAAUCCACGACCCAUGGGCUGCCUUACAAAAGCCCCAGAAGGGCCUUUCUUCAUGGAACGAGCCCUACAAAGGAAACUUUGGGCAAUUGAUGGAGUUGAAACAAGCAAGACCGGACCUGAAGAUUCUGCCUUCUAUUGGAGGUUGGACACUAGCUGAUCCAUUCUUUUUCUUUGAUGAUCAAAGCAAACGAUCUCGAUUUAUAGGUUCAGUCAAAGAUUUCUUGCAGACAUGGAAAUUCUUCGACGGUGUCGAUAUCGACUGGGAAUUCCCGGGUGGAAAGGGAGCUAAUCCCAAUCUUGGUGGCCCUAAAGACGGCGAAGUUUAUGUGACGCUGAUGAGAGAACUCCGGGAGAUGCUCGAUGAACUGUCUGCGGAGACAGGACGGAAAUACGAGCUGACUUCGGCCAUCAGUGCCGGUUGGGAUAAAAUCCAAGUUGUUGACUACAAAACGGCUCAGAACUACAUCGAUCACAUCUUCCUCAUGAGCUACGACUUCAAGGGCGCCUGGUCAAAUGAUACGCUCGGCCAUCAGACUGCGCUGUACGCCCCAGAGUGGAACACUAAGGAGACGUACACGACCGAUUUUGGCGUGCAGUACCUGUUGGCGCAAGGGGUGAAUCCGAAGAAGAUCGUGGUAGGAGUGGCGAUGUACGGGCGUGGUUGGACCGGCGUGCACGACUACCAGGACAACAACCCAUUCACAGGCGUGGCCACUGGGCCGUGCAAGGGCACGUGGCAGGACGGUGUCGUCGACUACCGGGAAAUUGCCACCGAGAUCGCACAAGGCAAGUGGGAGUUCCACUACGACGCGGUGGCGCAGGCGCCCUACGUGUUCCGGCCGGCCACCGGGGAUCUUAUCACCUACGACAACGCCCGAUCAGUCAUCGAGAAGGGCAAGUAUGUGAGGAAGAACUACCUGGGCGGUCUUUUCGCCUGGGAAAUCGAUGCCGACAAUGGUGACAUUCUGAACAGCAUGAAUAUGGCCUUAGGCAAUCUUCCGUUAUAGAGUUAGUGUGAUUAGAUUAGGGACAGCGCGCAAUGAGUGAAGAGCACAUGUAACGAGAUCGGCAAGUUAUCACUGCUGGAUCCAGAUUAGUGUGAACAGGUUACCAGCUGUUAACAUUUAUAAAUUGAUGUAUAGCUCGCAAAUUUACCACAGUAUUAAAUUACACGCUGUGUUAUACAGAAUCCGUUAUCCAAAAUUUUAUAUUUCUGGUUUUAUGAGUACUAACGGAACAAUAAGAAGGCAUCGUUUGUGUAAAGUUGUAAAUUGUGAUUAUAAAUGUAAGUAUAUUUAAGGGUCUCAUGUAGGUGUAGGCAAUGUAUCGGAUAAUAUUUGUAAUACAGACUGAUUUAAGUAAAUUAAAA